UCCCCGAAUUUCUUUCCCCCACCCUGCGCCUCCUCACGACCCAGCCGCCCCUCCCCCCUCCCCCCGCCGCAUCCUCGUCCGUCCCGCCGUCCUCGUCCCCCGACCUGGCCGUCCCAAACUCCUCGUCCCCGACCUCGCCGUCCCCGACUCCUCGUCCCCGACCUCUGCUCCCACGGCAUCUGAGAUUGCUCUUGUGCAAUGAGCUGGAGAAUUCCUCUCUUCGGCUCUCAGCAGCAGCAACCUGAGCCGAAUUUCCAGGACAUACCUACGCAGUCUUGGUACCCUCCCUCGGUGGUAGGUUCAUCUUCACAUCCAUCCACGCCCAGCUCUUCCAGUACUAGUCCACAUCAAAGAGCCUCAGAUCAUUCUCAGUCUUCAUCGCGUGGCCAACCAUCUCCAGCUGAGGCUGCAGGGAUAAUUGCUCGUUUGAAGGAUAAGAGCGUUGAUGAGUUGCAGAGGCUGUUGAAAGAUAAAGAAGCUUAUAAUGCUUUUUUCAAUUCACUCGAUCAAGUUAAAACACAGAACAAUUUACGCAGUGAGCUUAGAAAGGAGACACUGCAGCUUGCACGUGAAAAUUUGGAAAAGGAGCAACGAAUCUCUGAGCUGAGGAAUCAGUGCACUAUAAUAAGAACUACAGAACUAGCUGCUGCUGAGGACAGGUUGGCCGACUUGGAAAGGCAAAAGGACGAGAUUAUGAAGUCCUACUCCCCUGCUGCACUCCUUGACAAGCUGCAAAGUUCAAUGGUGAAGCUGGACGAGGAGUCUGAGGAGCUGCACCAGAAGUUCCUGGAGAAGGACAUGGACCUGCCUACCUUUGUGCAGAAGUACAAGAAGCUCCGCGCUGCCCACCACAAAUGUGCGCUGCUUCAUCUCUCUGGCAAGGCCUCAGUUCGCUGAUGCUGUCUGCCGUGGCAUCUCUGUUGUAUCCCGUUACUUUCUCGUUCUACGUUAUCGCGGAUGUGUCUGGCCGAUGUGCCGUGACUUUUUACUACAGACAUCAGAGUCAGACUGUGUUGCAUGUAUAGUUUAUAUGGCUCACUCUACGAGCAUCGCUACAUUGGUUGAUUGGUUGAUGCCGAGUGCAGAAGAGUACGACCAUGGUCUUCUUUUAUGGUUACCCACAUAACACUCCAUUUGUUCAGACAAGAUGACGUGCGUAAUUUAUAUACCCCCUUCCAUCCUACA